AUUGAAAAGUUAGAAAACUCUAGAGGACUUUAUCCCUAUGUUUAUCUACCUUAAUUACAAUUAGAGAUGUUUAUUUGGGAUAAUAUUCCUUAAUUCAAUAAAUUAGAUAUUUUCAUCUCUUCAACACAAAAAAAUUGCCACUUUCUUCAUCAAAGCCAGGUAACCCUUCUCCCAUUUCUCUUUCUUUUCCUUAUUCCUUAUACUAUUCUUCCAUAAAAUCACACCCUUUUUAACCCUUUUUUCUGUAUACAAUUAACCAGUAUUAACUCCAUUAAACUUAUAUUUCCUAUUCAUUUCUUGAUGUAAAUCUUGCACAUAAUCAAUGACCAUGUGGGGUUUAAGCUAUUUGCAAAAUCUUUGGCCUUUUUCUGUAUUAAACCCUGAUGAUUUGAGAAUUUCAGAUGGGUUAGUUAGGAAAUUAUCAAUACCCGAAAACACAAAACAGUUUGUUUAUGCAAUUCAAGAACCUGAAUCGAAAGCUGUUAUAUAUGUAUUAUGUGUUCAGAAUUUAUCUGAAAGAUCUGCUUUAGAUGCCCAAUGUUUAAUUAGGGGAGUUAAACCUGAUGCUGUAGUUGUUCAAGUGGGUAAUUCAGUAGAUUAUGAUAGUCCUCAAAAAGAUGAGAUUUUGUUGAGUAAUAGUGAUGAUUUGGGUGAGGAUUCGGUACCAACUUCGUCGAUUGAGGUGUUAAAGAGGUGUUUUGUGCAUAAACUUAGUAAGGAGAAGUAUGAGAAUGUCGCGGGACGAGUUGUUUUAAGAGAGAUAUUUGGGGUUGGGUUUGAUGGGCAUUUGCCUGCUGCGAAAAAAGCAGCUGAAGAGGUUGGCUCGGCUUUCUUGUUGCUCGAAUCGCCUUUUGUUAAAUGCAGCACGUCUAGUGAGUGUUCGAAUGUGGGGGAUGAGGGGUUUGGGGAUAAGUUUGGAGUGUUUGGUUUAGAGGGUGGUAAUAGUUUGGUUCCUUUAAGAACGGGAUUGAUGGUGUCAGCGAAUUCACGUGCAUUUUGUGUUACGAAUGAUGUUCAGUCUCAGAUGGUGAGGCUGUUGUCGUCGCAUUUGGUUAAUUCAGGUUCCUUACAGAAGAAUAUUGAAUCUGAGGAUAUUCAGCAACAAUUGAAUUAUCAAGUACCGCAGUUUGCACAGACAGUUUAUCCGUUGCUUGUUGAUCUUUAUGAUAUUUUUGUUGAUAUUCCAUCUAUAGGAAGAGCUCUAGCUUGUGCUCAAAAGAUGUUUCAUGAUGUUUGUAAUGGAGAUGCUGUUAAUACAGAUCUCCUUUCUGAGGUUUAUGUCUUCAAGAUUGCAGUUGAAGGGUUAAGAACAGCUUUGAACAAUGCUGGUCGGGUCCCACUUAGCAAAACGAGGAAUCAUACAACUGAUUUUUCUGAGCUUUCUAUUGAGGAUAAGUCCCAUGCCCUUCUGGCACAGGCCCUUCGAAGCCAGACCGAGAAGUUCAAAUCAAUAGUUGCAGUAGUAGAUGCCAGUGGAUUAGCUGGACUAAGGAAGCAUUGGAGUGCUAAUGUACCUGAGGAAGUUAAGGAAAUUGUUGAGCAGCUGGUUACUGACUCUGAACACGAUGGGGAAAAUUCGAGCCGAAAUGACAAAAAGGGGUUACUAGGUGUUAAGCCAGUGGUAGCUGUUGGGGCUGGUGCAACUGCAGUUUUAGGAGCCUCUUCGUUUUCUAAAGUUGUUCCUGCAUCUACAAUAUUGAAAGUUGUUACCUUUAAAGUCCCUGCUUCGCUAAAGAUCAUGAUGACUCAAACCCAAAAGGCCCUUGCUCUUGCAUUUGGAAAGUCAAACGUAGUAGGCCCUGCUGGAAUGGCAAGUUCUGGUGUCAAAUCAUCUGUCCUUAAGGCAACUGCUUCUGCCGAGAAAAUCCGUGCAGUGGCUCAUGGCGUUAUAGCCUCUGCAGAGAAAACUAGCAUCUCUGCCAUGAGAACAGCGUUCUAUGAAAUUAUGAGGAAACGCCGAGUACGACCUGUUGGCGUUCUUCCAUGGGCUACCUUUGGGUGCAGUGUGGCUACUUGUGCAAGCUUGCUUGCGUAUGGAGAUGGAAUAGAAUGUGCUGCUGAAUCUCUUCCAGCAGCUCCUUCAAUUGCCAGUUUGGGUCGUGGCAUCCAAAGUUUGCAUCAGGCUUCUCAGGCAGUGAAACAAACAGAAAACUCCAGGAUACAAAAGUCAAUAGAGUCUCUUGUGUACAGAUUUAAAAAGAUAAGUGUCUCAUAAAAGUGUUCAGUUUCUUGCUUAAGUACUUUAGUUCGAAAUUGAGUCCUAAAUUUUUUGUGAAAAUAGAUUUUAGCAAAGAGGUUGUGCAAUUUAUGAUGCCUGGGUUUUGUCUAUAUCACAUGUUAUGUCAAGAAAUUCCAAUAAGAUGUGAUUGAAGUUUGGAAGAUUUUUCACCAUGUUGAUUAUACUCCUUUAGUAAUUUGUAUCUAACAUGAAUUCUGAAAUUUGACAUCAUUAGUUGGUGUUACUGUUAA